AUGCGGUCUGACUGGUUCUUCCUUUGCAGGCAGUACAACGACGUCGAGGCUGCUCCCCACACCUGGUCCUUCUACGACGCCGGAUCCCUCCACCAGCAGACAGGCACCUUCGCUUCGAGGCGCCGCACACUCUACGACUACAUCGCCCGCUUCCUCUUCAAUGGCCUGGGUGUCGACACCAACGACGACCAGUCCGGCAGGUCCACGGGACGAUGGCUCCCAGGCAUCCCAGCCUGUGCGGCGAAAGCCUGCAGCCCGAGCUACCCGGCCGUGCAGUAUUACCAGCGCCGAGUCGCCCCCACAACUUGCCAGGGACGCCCGGGUGCGCCCUGUUCCUGGCACCCCACCCAGAACGGCGCCGCUGCCAAAGUGAAGCCAGCUCAUGGAGUGUUUCGCUGCCCCAUUUGCUCUGGAGCGCAGAUGCAAGCGUUACAUCAAACAGCACACGGAAAGCGAGCCCUCACUCUACGUUUAAAGCAGCUUCUGGCCCUCCGGUCCACUGAUGUCCUCCAGCUGUGGGCUCUGGUCGAGGAACAUCUUGGUUCAGCCGCCCUGACGUACUACCAGGGUCGUGCCGGCGCAGCGCCGAGGAAGACUUUACAGCAACAGUGGAAGGAGGAACUCAAGCUCCGCCAUUCCGUCCACCCUCUGCCCGACCAAGAGGGGCAGCGUGUCUGGAGGGAGCGUGCCCGGGAGGAUGGGCGCAUGCGAGACAAGAAGUUCGGCCUGGCGUUUUCCGAGCAACACUCCGGCCGAGCAUGGAUGAGUGCAAGGGCGCGGCACUUCGAGUUCUGGGCCCGCGAAGCCUCCUGGUUCAUGUGCACAGACUGCCAUCGGCUGGAGCCUCGGCCCUUCCACCAGUCCAGCCACGACAAGAACACCCAGCUCCGAGCUCGCCAGAAAAAAUGCAAACACUGCGCCCGGGGCAUUGGUUACAAGGCGCCCGUCAUCGACGACAUCCCAGGGCCGCUUCGAGAUCUCACGGCUACUGCCCUGUGGGCCCUGCGUCCCAUCGAGAUUGACGUGGGGGAGUACCGCCGCGGGGAUUAUGGCUACCGCAUCCACACG